AUGAGGGAAGCUAAUCUAGGGUCACACACGUCUUAUGAAAGGGAUUCUGAAGGGCGAUUCAGAUUCCUCUUCAUCUCCUUUGGUCAGAGUCUUCGCGGUUUCAAUGUUGCAAUUCGGAAAGUUAUUGUUGUGGAUGGGACGUUCUUGAAGAGCAAAUACAAAGGGGUAUUACUGGUUGGUACUGCAUUAGAUGGAAACUCGAAUUUAUAUCCUAUUGCAUUUGGAGUUGUCGACUCAGAGAAUGACCUUGCGUGGAACUGGUUUAUGAGACAACUUAAUGCGGUCAUUGCUGACGAGCAUAGUUUAGCUUUUGUGUCUGAUAGGAAUUCCUCGAUUGCUAAAGCUAUUGCUAACGUGUACCCGCAAGCUCAUCACGGAAUUUGCAUUCACCACUUGCUGAAUAAUGUCGUAACAUAUUUUAGUGGGAAAGGUGUGGCUGGUUUGGUUGCAAAGGCUUCUAAAGCUUAUCGAGCUGCUGAUUUUCGUAAGCUGUUCACUGCUAUUUACUCUAUUAGUCCUGAAAUUGGAAAUUAUCUAAUAGAAGCCGAUGUGAGGAAGUGGGCUCGUUGUCAAUUCCCGGGUUACAGGUAUGAUAUCAACACUACUAACCCUGCGGAGUCGAUAAAUUCUGCUUUGCGUACGCCUAGAGAGUUUCCAGUAAUACCUCUAAUGGACAGCAUUAGGGAAAUGAUGACUCGAUGGUUUUUCCAACGUAGAACUUUAAGUUCUAAGCACUCGAAGCCACUGACCAUUGCUGUGGAGAAGAAGAUAGACAGAAGGAUUGAGAAGGGUAAAAAGUUUAAGGUCUUCCCGAUUAGCGAUGACAGGUUUUUGGUUCAAGGUGACACUUUUGACUGCAUGGUUGACUUGGUCAGACGCACGUGUUCUUGUGGGAAGUUUGAUCUGAUGAAAAUCCCAUGCAGGCACGCCAUAAAAGCAGGCUUCAGUGUUGGAAUACAAGCACACACACUCACAGACGACAUAUACACUACUGCGUCAUGGCGCACGGCUUAUGAAGAAAGCAUAAAUCCUAUUGGUGUCCCUGAAGAUGCUUGGACUGUUCCAUCUCAUGUGGAGCAGACGAAAGUCCUUCCUCCAGAGUCUAGACGAGCUGCAGGUAGAAGAAAAAAACGCAGAUACGAGACAGCCGAAGAUAAGAUCCGUUCGUCACAAGGAACGCAAAUGCUCUAA